GUAAUCUGUUGAGACAAAACAAAGUAGGGGAAGAAGAUGGGGAAUGCUAGCGGUAGAGAAGAGAGAGCGAACGCUCCGAUCGGAGGAUCCAAUGGUGAGGCCGGAGAUCAACAUAGGUACGCGCCGGAUUUUCAGGCUCCAGGUCGUGUGCCUUCUUCUGAUUCGAUGGGGAAUACACCUCCCGGUAGCCCUGGACGGAACCACCAUCCUCUCCUGUUCGCUCCUCAGGUACCCGUGGCUCCAUUGCAGAGGGGUGAUGGUCAUCCUUUUUCCAAUCAGAUCUCGCAAAAUGAAUCUUCUGGAGUUGAUCAUCUUCCUACUGAAGGAAUUCCCACAAUAAUUACAUGGAACCAUGGUGGUAAUGAAGUAGCUAUUGAAGGGUCUUGGGAUAACUGGACAUCAAGGAAGAUACUGCAAAGAUCUGGUAAAGAUCAUUCCAUUAUUUUGAUCCUUCCAGAGGGAAUAUACCAUUACAAGUUUGUUGUAGAUGGCCAGUGGAGAUAUAUUCCAGAUGUUCCGUUUGUUGCUGAUGAGAUGGGCCAUGUUUGUAAUCUUCUUGAUGUUAAUGCUUAUUUACCUGAAUACCUGGAUAGUGUGGCUGAAUUUGAGGCUCCACCAUCUCCAGACUCAAGUUACAGUCAAGCCCUACCAACUAAUGAAGAUUUUGCGAAGGAGCCUCUAGCAGUUCCACCACAGCUGCAUCUAACUGUUCUUGGCAUGGAAAGCUCAAAUGAAGCUUCAUCUUUGAAGCCUCGACAUGUUGUGCUCAACCACCUCUUCAUAGAAAAAGGAGGAGCUUCUCCUUCUAUUGUUGCUUUAGGGAUGACUCAUAGGUUCCAGUCCAAAUAUGUCACUGUGGUCGUCUUUAAGCCACUCAAAAGGUAAUAACUUUCCUUGCUUGAUAUUGUAAAGGAAAUAUACAUUAUCAAACAUGUUUUUUGAUGGUUCCCUGUUUAUACAACAGCUCAAAACAUAUCAUGCACCCCAUGUUUGUUAUGUUGACUUCAACAGUCAAGUACUUCUCUCUAAAAAGUCUAUUUCCUGGAAUUUUUUUUUUAUCAUUUCUUCCUAUGCAAUAAAGGAAAAUUGUUUGAGUUC